CAUUCUCAUUCCUCUUUCCAUUCGCCUCAACCAUACACAACACAUUAACCUCUCUCUCUCUCUCUCUCUCUCUCUCAAAAGCAUACAAAUGGCUUCAGUGACCAUGCUCUGCAUUUCUUUUGCUUCGCUUCUCUCACUUUUUGCUCUGGCUAACGCUAGAAUCCCAGGGAUUUACAGCGGUGGAACAUGGGAGAGUGCCCACGCUACAUUCUAUGGUGGCAGUGACGCCUCUGGAACUAUGGGUGGUGCUUGUGGGUACGGAAAUCUGUACAGCCAAGGCUACGGAGUGAACACGGCGGCACUGAGCACAGCACUCUUCAACAAUGGGCUGAGCUGCGGUGCGUGCUUUGAGAUCAAGUGCAACGAGGACCCAAGGUGGUGCAACCCUGGCAGCCCUUCCAUCAUAGUCACAGCCACCAACUUUUGCCCUCCCAACUUUGCUCUCCCAAGUGACAAUGGCGGCUGGUGCAACCCUCCUAGGCCCCACUUCGACCUCGCCAUGCCCAUGUUCCUCAAGAUCGCCGAGUACCGUGCCGGAAUCGUCCCCGUCUCUUACCGCCGGGUCCCAUGCAGGAAGCUAGGGGGAAUCAGAUUCACAAUCAACGGUUUCCGAUACUUCAACCUGGUAUUGGUGACGAACGUGGCAGGAGCAGGGGACAUAGUGCGGGUGAGCAUAAAAGGAGCAAACACAGAAUGGAUGAGCAUGAGCCGUAACUGGGGCCAGAACUGGCAAUCCAACGCGGUUUUGGUGGGCCAGCCCCUUUCAUUCAGGGUCACGGGAAGUGAUAGGCGUACCUCUACCUCUCACAACGUGGCGCCAGCUAAUUGGCAGUUCGGUCAGACUUUCACGGGAAAGAAUUUCCGUGUCUAAUUAAUUAACUUUCAUGGAAUUCAAGUUUCCCGCCCUUCAAUUUUUUUCCUUCUAUUUUCCCGGGAAAAUUUUUGAAGUGAAUGGUGGGAGAGAGACUGAGCAAAUUAAUAGUAGGGACUUGUUUGUAUUGGGCUUUUUGAUAGGAUAUUAACGGAAAAAAGGGGGUGAAAACAUGGUCAAAUAGGUAUGAAAGCCACUGUUAUUCCUCACCAUAUAAAAAAAGUGAGUUAGUGGUGACUUUCUCUUUUUUAUUUUACUUUAUGUUUCUUUACUUUUUUUUUAAUUGACUUAAAAGGUGGUGGUGUCUAUGUUAGUGGAGCUGGUCCAGCAUUUGGUAAAAGUUGUAAGGUCUGAAGUGGCUGCAAUUGCAAAACAUGUAGCCCGCAGCUCUAAUUAUAUAUGGUAUAAUAUAUAUUCUUGUUAUCAUAUAUAUAAUCAUAUAAUUGUGGUAA